GCUUUGCCGCAGGACGUCCAUGAGCCAUGCAGAUAACGAUUGCUUUAGUACUUUAGGUUGGCGUUGGUUUCAUCAUUCAUCAUUUCUACAGACGCGACACGAGUGUUGGCCAAACGUUUCCGGGGGGCCGCUUCUAACUCGGCGGUUGUCAUGGCAGCAGGUUCUUCCGAGGCUGGAGGAGAGGGAAGUGACGAGCGGGGCUGUUGUUGGGACACGUGACUGAAGCUGCGCUGAUCUGUUUUGACAAGCAGCAGGGAAGUGAGGAGAGAAGCCAGACUGCAAGCAUCAAGGAAGAGAGAGAGAGAGAGAGAGAGGGAGAGAGGGGGAGAGGGCUCGCCGUGUUCGUCUUUAGUCUGCAUUAAAAAAAAAAAGCCGUUAGAAAAGGGGUCCGUUCAUUACAUCGGACAGCUAACGUCACAGUUUGCAUUAGGCGAAAGUGGCGCUGCCGAGAGUGAAGGCUAGCCGAACAAGCGCUAUCGUCCCCGAGAGGAGUCGGCGCGUUUGUUUGCAUGAAAGUUUCUGAUGGGAGAUUACAAAGGAGCUCCAAUGCAGACGGCAAGUCGGAGCAGAUAGAGAUGGGCCGAGCGCAGCCGUUUGACGAAAAGUAGACCGUGUCAGUUUAACACAGUCAGUCGCUAUUUCGACCGAAUGACGAUUGGCUGAAACACGGUCACUGAAGUAAAAGGGAAAAGAAAGAGUCAUCGUGACUGCGGACGUGUUUUGUUGAUCCGUGGCUACCUGCGUUGGUGGGGGGGGGGGGCGGGGGUAUUGGGAAAGCUCGUAGUUAUCUGAUGCUUAACCAGUACAGUAACAUGGCUCGGUUAUGUGGCUGGGUUGGCUAACCAGUUAAUACGAAGGUCUUUAGUGAGGCAAGGCUCGUUGUCACUGGCGUUACAGCUCGGGCACACUGGCUCAGGGGGAGAUGCUUCGUGACGGAACUAUGGUCCGGGCGGUGGAAUUUGAGACGGCUUGUAAAGGCAGCCAACUUGUUAGCUAGAUCAGUAGUGGUCAACCUGAUUACUCGGUGCCGAGCUGAUUAACAGGCUCGUUGCCGAACACCAAAAACUGUACCGCGUUUAGCUGUCAGCCGUCUGUAUAUCACCCGGUCGAACCAAUAGUGCGACUGGAUGGACGCGUACAGUAGUAUGCUAACAAAGCAAUGCUUUGUCGUUGGGUAAGGGGCAAAAUUGGCAGCAACAUAAAGGCUCCACGGCUGACAUUGUUGCUUGUUAAUACAGUUAGUCAGUGAAAUCCUUACGGGGGGAGGGAGGGGGUGGCUGUUGUUUUUUGGUCCAUACACCGUGUUGUAUUGCCGUCAGGACCGCCAAGAGAGAGAAACCUGUAAAGCAAGACCGUAACGAGCUCGGGAGACACAAGACCCCGAGGGCAGCCCGAUGACACUGGACAACAUGAAACCCGAGCGAGAUGCGUCGGAGGAGUUUUUUGAGUACGAUGCAGAGGAGUUCCUGGUGUUCCUGACGCUCCUCAUUACCGAGGGGAGAACGCCAGAAUGCUCCGUGAAGGGCAGAACCGAGGGACUCCACUGUCCUCCUGCCCAGUCAGGCAUGCCGCCGCUUCACAAGCAUGAGUGCAGCGACAAAUUACCCCAGUGUCGGCAGGCCAGGCGGACACGGUCGGAGGUAAUGUUGCUUUGGCGGAACAGCAUCCCCAUCAUGAUCGAGGUCAUGCUUCUGCCGGACUGUUGCUAUGGCGAUGAGUGCCCACCCAGUGACCCCAUCAGCGACCCGGUCAUCAAACAAGACGCCCUACUCCUGGAGAGAUGGACCCUACAGCCUGUUCCAAGACAGAGCGGAGAUCGUUUCAUCGAGGAGAAGACGCUGCUGCUGGCUGUCCGCUCCUAUGUCUUCUUCUCCCAGCUCAGUGCCUGGCUCAGCGCCUCUCAUGGCAUUGUCCCUAGGAACAUACUCUACAGGAUCAGUGCUGCUGAUGAGGAGUUAGUAUGGCAAUUCUCCCAGCCGCCAUCCGAGCACCUCUUCCCCGUCCCCAACGUGUCCCAGAGCGUAGCAUUACGCGUGCGGGUUCAGUCACUCCCUCGCCAACCCACCUACCCCACCCUGGCCUGCAGUAUCCACACCGGUCUGCCUCCUCUUUACAGCAAGACCCCCAACCUCAACCCCAACUUCAACACCCAUGGUGGCCUGCCUGUUCUCAAAAAGGGCCCAGACACCAACAGAGAAAACCUCCUUCAGAACUCUAGCCUGCCCCUCUACAGCAAGAGCCCUAACCCCAUGUCUGGCCUUCCCUUCAAUACAUUACCCAUACCUAAUCUCCCAAUCAACAACAUACCCAUUAACAGCCUUCCACAUACUAGUGUGCCUCCUCUCUUUAGCAAGAGGAGCCAGGAGCCAGCUGACAGUCACAGCCAACCAUACCAGAAUGGCGAGCUCCCCCAAGUCAACACCCCACACCGCCAGGGCUCUCCCCUAUUCCACAGGUCCUCCUCCUCUCCCACACCCUCACACUCUCACUCGCCUUCUCCACUCCCAAACACUGGUAAGGGAGGGAGGUGGCUAUACACCACCCUCAAUGGUGUCCCUGAACCCACACAAGUUGAGGACUACGGGCCUGGCAUUAACGGUGGUGAGAGCUCCAAAGUGUCCACCCCUGAACCAAUGAGGGCCUUCAAGACUUUCUCGUUGACCGAGCCGCCUCGCUGCCCCUCUCCUCGGCCCAUGGCCACAGAGACCAACCCCCUGAUUGGCUCUCUGCUCCAGGAGAGGCAGGAAGUGAUUGCCCGCAUAGCGCAAAGGCUCAACUUCUGUGACCCAACGGCGCCGCCCCUUCCCCCCGGCCUGUUCAAUCCUGACACUCCCCUCAAAGCCAUGUGGGGCAGCAACCAUGACGAUGUGACCAUCGGUAAGACCAAAGAGCCAGAGUUGCUGCCCUAUGAUCCCGCAGGACGUGUGCGACCCACUCCCUUUGACACACCUGUGAGCGACACUUCCUUUAGCAAACGGGAGAGCUCCUCCCCCAAGCCUGCCACCUGCAGGAAGCUAAAACUAGAUGAGACCAGAGACAAAGAGGAGGAGAGAAAUGGAGCGAAGGAGAAGGACAAAGAGAAGGAGAGGGUGAAUGAAAGAGACAAUUCUCUCAUUGCCCAGGCAGUACAAGACAUUACUAGACUGAUCCAGGAGAGACUGUCUGUCCCCUCCCUGUCCCCCAUGCACAGCAGGAGCGGCAGCCCCCUGCACCACACACACACGACAACGGUGACGCACACGGUCCGCACCUACUCGCACACCACGCACAACACAGUCAGCCCGCAUGCCUCACACACUGCGACCAACGGCUUCACCAAUGGCCAUGCUUCUGACCUUCAGCCUCACAACAGAGGCACACAUACCCCCGCCACACACGCACCUGUUUGCACAGAUAAACCCCGAAUGGAGCCAGGGAGUGAACGCCGUUCUCUCAGGGCCCAAAACGGUGUUGACUUUACACUUGAAGAUCCCACGUUAAAAAGCCAGUACUAUGCCCAGGCUGGUGAAUGUUUACAGUCUCCAACCCAAGAGGAGCCCAGACCCAGAACGCCCAGAGGCUCUGAGCCCCGCUGCCACUUCCCCCUUCAGGAAAAUUGCAUGACGACCGCCCAGAACCACAAUUGCACUCGCACUGAUGCCAGCCCAGUCCAGAGCUGUAACUUAAGCCAGAACCACAGCAAGCCUAAGACCCAUACUCAUCUCCAGACCUGUGCCCAAGUCCUGUCCACUGCCACACAGGAUGAGAAUCAGGCACCCCGGGUAUCCACCAGCUCCAGCUCCCCCAGUCCGGAGACGCAACCUGCUAGCACAGUCCUGCGAGCUCACAGCCCCUCCCCGCUACGGCCCUGCAACAGCUGGAAGAAACAGAACCGACACUCUUUAGAUGCCACUGCGACUAAGGCCUUCCACCCAUGCACUGGCCUGCCUUUGCUCUCCAGCCCUGUUCCUCAGAGGAAAAACCAGACAGGCUACUUUGACCUAGACACCUCUCUGACUGGUUGCAAGGGUCUGCCAUGGGCCUCCGGGAAAAGGGUAUGUCCAAAGAGAGAGGAGGACAUAGAUGAUCCUCAGCAGCUGUUUAGUGCAAGCGCUCCACCUGCCAGCCUCAGUCUGCUGGGAAACUUUGAGGAGUGUGUGCUGAACUACCGCCUGGAGCCCUUGGGGACAGUGGAGGGCUUCACAGCUGAGGUUGGUGCCAGUGGGUCCUUCUGCCCGAGUCACAUGACCUUGCCUGUGGACGUGUCAUUCUACAGUGUCUCUGAUGACAACGCUCCUUCGCCAUAUAUGGGUGUGAUCAACCUGGAGUCCCUGGGGAAACGGGGCUACCGCGUACCUCCAUCAGGAACCAUUCAAGUGACCUUAUUCAACCCUAACAAAACAGUAGUCAAGAUGUUUGUGGUGGUGUACGACCUACGAGCCAUGCCAGCUGGACACCAGACCUUCCUACGCCAGAGGACCUUCUCCGUUCCUGUCCGCCGUGACAUUCACACACACACCAGCAGGAAGCCCCUCGCCCUGGCCCAGGGACGUACCCUGCGCUACCUCGUUCAUCUGAGGUUCCAGAGCUCUAAGUCUGGGAAGAUCUACCUCCACAGGGACAUCCGUUUGCUGUUCUCCAGGAAGUCCAUGGAGGUAGACAGCGGUGCUGCCUACGAGCUCCAGUCCUUCACAGAGUCCCCCGCCGACCCACCCUUCUCCCCCCGCUGCUGAGGAGCAGCUCCAGCCUGCGCCCAACACACAAAGACUGAAGCCUAAAUCCACCUUGUUAAUAGGACCGAGAUUUGACUCAACCAGUCUCCUCGUGGCUAGUAUUUGGGGGGGGGGGGGGGGUUUCAAACCGAGAGGGUUUACAGGGGUGGCAAUCAACUCCACUUUCUGGGGCCAAUGCCCAUCACUUUUUUUAACUUCCAUCCCUGCCUGCCACGCAGAACAGACACGAGAAGAUAAAGGCCUAGAUUGCAAAUCCAAAAUUAUACCUUAUUUUACAUUUACCGCAGGCCCUCGGACAAGCGAUGGCAUUGGGUUCACCAAGGUCACAGUCAGUAGGGUUUCUACUUAAGAUAUCACUCUCCCAGUCUAGCGGGCCUUAACCAGAUUUGUUAGGUAGCAUUUGUUGUUUUAUCUGGCCUUACAAGAUCUGUGCAUAACCUCCCCAGCGUCUGGCAGGAGAGAAGAGCACAGAGAUGGUCUCUCGUGGCAGGCAUACCCCAAAGCCCACUGAAUAGGAUAGGGGGUCGGUUCACUCUCACUUCGUUCAGUUAAAAAUGUAAAUUGAAUUUACACUUCAUGUAAUGGCAGUUGCCCUGGUUCUCAAUCGUUUUUUUUGUAGAUUACAUACAAGGAUCUUUUAUGGCAAAAAUUGUUUUCGGUCUUCGAAGAAAACCCACCUCCUGGAUUGAACUGAAAGUGAAUGUUGACCCUUGACCCUGUGACACCGAUUGCUGACCAUCGAGCAGGGGAGGUCCACACAAAAGUGGGCGUGAGUGGCAGAUUUUGGUGCAGCUCCGUCCAUAAGACGUGCUCCAAAAAAAAAACACAAAAAAAAAACAAAUGACCACGGACCACUGAAGAAGCUAGUCAAGCAAUCAAGCUAGAGCAAAUCGAAGGUGACAUCGAAAGCGCACUGUGUUUUUUGUUUUAUCGUUUUUCCAUAAUAACUGGAAAUGAAUUAAAAAAAAGUAGUAAUAUUCUAAUACUUUUUUGUACUGUUACAGAACCACUUUAUCGGAAGUGUUGCAAUAGAAAAAAAAUAACCUUAGUUUAGUGUUUACACAUUUACUUUCAGUUUACCUAUCAUCAGUUAUUUAAUAUUUAAAUUAAUAUUUCAGUUGCUACUCGUGACGUCUGUCAUGCUAAGCAUUAUGAUGUAGUGAAAACUGUAAAUCAUAGUAUGUAUUUUUUGACAUUAUAAUUCAAAUCUGAAAAAAAAUAUCUAUAUAUCUUAUAAAGCAAUCUUAAAAUCUG